AUGCCUCGUCAACGAUCCGCCGGCCGCGCCCCUUCGCGCCCCACCGUCCCCUCGCGCGCCCCCGCUGCGCCGACUUCCCAGCAGCAGACCCGGCCUGCGACUUCUUACGCCGCUCCCGCCACCCAGACCCCCCACCAGCCCGCUCCCGGCGCCCAGGCACCUGCCUCCCAGGGCCCCGGCCUGUUCGGCCAGAUGGCUUCCACAGCUGCUGGUGUCGCCGUAGGCUCCUCCAUCGGCCACGCCAUCGGCGGCAUGUUCGGCGGCGGCGGCUCUGCCGAGGCGCCCGCCCAGGCUUCGCCACAGGCCGCGCAGCAGACCCAGAACGACCAGUGGGGCCCCAACUGCUCCCUCGCCACCAAGAGCUUCACGAACUGCAUGGACGAGCACCAGGGAAACAUGUCCAUCUGCGGGUGGUACAUGGAGCAGCUCAAGGCCUGCCAGGCUGCCGCCAGCCAGUACUAG